AUGCAACUAUCCAUGGAUCCAGAAACUGACGAUCCAUCCAACAUAUUCAGCAGCAAAAACACAUACACAAAUCUAUCUAUCUAUCUAUCUAUCUAUCUAUCUAUCUAUCUAUCUAUCUAUCUAUCUGUGUCGUUUUUAUCUGUCGAACGUACAAUAAGACUUGAUUCGCGUUUGGAUAUGCGGACAAGUGCAUCUAGCAGGAGGCUAAAUAUAAUAUCUAUCUAUCUAUCUAUCUAUCUAUCUAUCUAUCUAUCUAUCUAUCUAUCUAUCUCAGUCUAUGUAUCCCAGUCUAUGCAUAUCUAUCUAUCUAUCUCAGUCUAUGUAUCCCAGUCUAUGCAUAUCUAUCUAUCUAUCUAUCUAUCUAUCUAUCUAUCUAUCUAUCUAUCUAUCUAUCUAUCUAUCCCAGUCUAUGCAUAUCUAUCUGUAUAUGUCUGUUCAUAUCUAUCUAUGUAG